AUGGCGGGUAUCAAUCAUGCGCCCGUCUCUAUGGCGGUCACCGACAACAUGCAGGCUCGCAAACGCAAUGUCACCAUUGCGGGUAUGGACAGCUCCCCGGGGAGUAUUGAGGAUGCAGAGGAUAAUGAUAUGCGCGAUGACAAGAGGCGACAGCCUGUGAAGCGCGCUUGCAAUGAAUGCCGACAGCAAAAGUUACGAUGCGAUGUUGUUCAAGAUCCCUGGGUUGAUUGUUCUCGGUGUCGUCGGUUGAAACUAGACUGCAAGAUCGAGUCGAAUUUCAAGCGCGUCGGGAAACGCAGCCGGAAUGCCGAGAUGGAACGAGAGAUUAUCGAAUUGAGAAAGCAGAUUGCGUCAAGCAACACCCGCUCGACAAGCAACCCUCCACAGCCCGUGGCGGCUGGCCAGUUGACGCCCAAGCAGGAAUCCAGCCAAGUCAGCCCCGCGGGUGUCUACCAAACCCCCUCAGCUAUGUCGACAGACCAAUAUAUGGGUUCGCAGGAAGCUGUCGCAUCCCUUCUGGACUUGAGAUCGGGCUUUGACGGCUCUAAUUAUAUGAGAAAUGGGAACCAACAAUUCAAACGGAUUGAAGACAUCAUAGUUGUGCCGGAAAAGGUGACGGAGCUGUUCAACUUGUUUUUCACGUACUACCAUCCGUUUUUGCCAUUCCUGGAGCGACAACAAUCUCCGGACGACUACUACACCUCUUCACCAUUGCUAUUCUGGACAAUCAUCAGUGUCGGAGCCAGGCGGUACCCGAGUGAUACCGGACUUUUGAAUUCACUUGCAGGGCCCGUCACUCGCCUGGUGUGGAGCACCUUAGCAGAUAUUCCCCAAAGUUAUCAUGUCGUGAAGGCGCUCUGUCUCCUCUGCUCAUGGCCGUUCCCCACAAGCAGCACAUCCACUGACCCAACAUUUAUGCUCUGUGGGCUCAUGGUUCAGUUGUCCAUGCAGCUUGGUCUUCAUCGGCCUUCCCACAGCCAGGAUUUCAGCAAAUUCCGCGUUGAGCUUAUCGAAGAGGAAUUAAAAGAUAAGGUGCGCACGUGGGCUAUCUGUAAUAUCGUUGCGCAGAGAGUAUCCACUGGCUAUGGACAGCCCCCGUCCACGAUUUAUGACUGGACUUUGUCCUCGAAUGAUUCGUCAGACCCGAAUUUCAAACUUCCUGGAGAUAUCAAGCCCAGACUCGAGAUUGAGAAGUUCUGUGACAAGAUUACCAAGGCAUUAUAUGCAAACAGACGCGAUCCAGUGGGUCUCACUAGUGAUCGGGAGAGGAGUACCAUGCUUUCCUUCCUUUCGCGAGACUUCGACGAGCUCGAGGAACAGCUCAAAGCACAGAAUGAUUGCAUAACGAACCUGUUUCUCCGUGCGUCGAAUCUCCAUCUGCAUUUGUCAGCGUUCUUUGAUGAUCCCUCUGCCAAAGACUACCGCGAGCGUCUUCUAUCUCUCUAUGUCGCGACUACAUCAUUCCUCGAGGUUGCAAUGAACUUGGAAACCGAAGUCGGACCCGUGCUCUCCUAUACGCCUUAUUAUGUCUAUCAAAUGAUGGUCGCAGCCGGUUGCACUCUUCUGAAACUGUGCAAGAGUUUCUUUGCUGCUCAUAUCGAUAUGGAGUACACAAAAAACCUGUUCAACCGAACAAUCUGGGCGGUGCGCAGCGUCUCUGUUUCGAACAAUGACUUGCCUGAACGCCUUGCCGAGGUGCUGGCUCAAAUGUGGCGACUGGGUGGUGCCCCUCAAGCAACGAGCGGUGCCGACGUCGAUGAUUCUUUGAGACUCAGAGUUCGCUGUCGAAUGAGUAUGUCUCUGCUCUUUGAUUCUGUCUGGCGAUGGCGGGAAGAUGCUCGAACAAAGGGACGAAACAUUGAAGCCUAUCUCAAAAACCCCACCAACCCCGACUCAGCCGCCGACUCAUCCGCAGCGUCUUCUGUGGGUCCGCCACAUACCUCUUCCUCUACACCUGGCAUCACCGGGGGUGAUCCAAGCCUCGCGCCCGCACCCAUACUUCCGCAAGCCAAUUUGGGGGUCCAGCCGCCUGGUAACGGAGUUGGCGGACUUCCUAGUGGAUUCAUGGAGCCCAAUUAUGAGGUCUUUGACCCGCUCAAUUGGCUACUUGACGGCUUAGUUGAUUUGCCUUACUCAUACUCAACCAUGGGCGGAAUUGAGCCCCAGAGCAUUUCAUAA